ACCUCCGUUUAUCCUAACAAUUAAUACGCCCACUAAACUAAGCUUGAGUAGAGUUACUCUCCGAGAAAAAAUUAUUUGGCAUUAUUUGUUUGUAGUCGAGAUAUUCUCCAUCGAUGGUUGUAUCCUCUUGUGCCCGACAUGGGAAUUUCCAGUCAGCAACGGAGUUACAUUCACUUGCAAAACAACGUGUAUCGCAGCAAGGACGUACAUUUAACACAAAGCAAUAGCUUAAUUGAGGACGUAAUAAUUGGUGGAGGCAGUUCUGUUGGUGACAAAACGAGAAUAUCAAGAUCGAUUAUCGGAGAAUCCGUUAAAAUUGGGGAUAAUGUUAUAAUUGAGGACUCGUUUGUAUUUUCUAAUACUGUGAUCGGUGAUAAUUCUGUUAUUCAGCAUAGUAUAAUAGGACAGAAGUGUGUUCUUGAAACAGGUUGUAUAGUUACAAAGGCGAGUGUAAUAGGGAAAGGAGUUGUUUUACCUGAAAAUUCUAUCAUUGAAAACUAUUUGAUUCGAUCACACUCAUCUAAAACAGGAGUGGCAAGCAAUAAGUUAGCUAAAAAUGCUUAUCACAUAAAGCCAGAGGAAAGCGUUGAAUCAGAUGCUGAAGACGACGGUUUGCAUAGAAAACUUUCGAGGUUAUAUAUGCCCGAUGAGACCGAGCCGUCAGAUGAUGAGAGUGUUAAGUCAUCUGAAAGUGAAGAUAAUUUGUCGUAUACAAUCUCACCUGUCCCAGAUGAUACAAAUUUAUUCUUAACCGAAGUUGUCGACAGCCUUACCAGAGGUUUUGAAGAUAAAUUACAGUGCGAUAAUUUAAUACUAGAAAUAAAUUCAUCCCGAUAUGCUUAUAACGUUUCAGUUAAGGAGGUAAAUUUCAACGUUAUAAAAGCUAUAUUGAUGUUACCUUUUCAAUUAUAUCUUGGACAACCUUAUUUGCCUUCAUUACGGCCAUUGUUGGAUUACUUCUCACCGAUCCUGAAGAAUUAUAUUCGUAACAUUUCCGCCAUGGUUGAUUGUCUUCAAGCAAUUGAGGAUGUAGCUGCUAAUAACAAUGAACUAAACGAGUGUGUUUCUGCUGUGUUAAAUUGGUUGUACAAUAAGGACCACCUUUCCGAGGAUGUAAUUUUGAAUUGGUUCUCUGGAAUUGACAAAAACACAAGAUUUUAUGCUCGAGUUGAACCUUUUACUAAUUGGUUACAACAAGCAGAAGAGGCUUCUUCAAGUGAAGAAGAUUGAUAUGUUGAUUUUGUCAAAUAAAAAGAUUUAAUUGCUAUUCA